ACAACAAGAAGAACAAGUGGGAGGGAAGAAAGGCAGAGAGACCAAACUGUGAUGGUGUUGUAUUUUUUUAUUUUUGUUUAUGUCUCUCGGGUUGUUAACUACCCUUCUUCUUUGUGGAGAGAAAAAGCUUUCAGCUUUCGGCUUCCAGUGCUCCACACAGUAGAACGACAAUCCGCAGCAGCUGGGUUUGAGUUUGAAUCUGUGUAUUGAAAGAUUGAAGAGGGAAAAAGAAGCGAUGGGGAUACUAUACGACGACGUAGUGAUCAUAAAGCCAUCAGAGAAGGAAGGCGAACCCAGAGUUCUUACUGUGAACUGCCCUGACAAGACGGGCUUGGGAUGUGAUCUCUGUCGCAUCAUUCUCUUUUUUGGUUUGAGCAUUGUCAGAGUCGAUGUAUCCACAGACGGCAAAUGGUGCUACAUAGUGUUCUGGGUUAUCGGAAAAUCGACAACGAGAUGGAGUUUGUUGCAGGAUAGGCUGUCUGAGGCUUGCCCUUCUUGUUCUUCGGCUUCUGGGUUUUCGUAUUUUCAAUUGCAGCCACCGAAGCCUCCUGAUGUAUUCUUGUUGAAGUUCUGUUGCUAUGACCGGAAAGGACUUUUACAUGAUGUGACGGAGGUUCUUUGUGAACUCGAGCUUACAAUAAAGAAAGUGAAGAUAUCCACGACCCCUGAUGGAAGAGUGAUGGACCUCUUCUUCAUCACAGACACAAGAGAACUUCUACAUACAAAGAAGAGACAGGAGGAUACACAUAACCAUUUAAAAACUGUUCUGGGAGAUGCCAUGAUAAGUUGUGACAUAAGUAUGGUUGGCUCUGAAAUUACUGCAUGUUCUCAGACAUCAACGCUCCUCCCUUCUGCAAUCACCAGAGAGAUUUUCGGCUCAAAUUUUGAGGAUGAGCCCCCAAGUGGAUUGCCACAGGUAUCUGGUAAUAUAUCCAUCACAAUGGAUAAUUCCCUCAGUCCCGCUCACACUCUUGUCCAAAUUGUCUGCCAAGAUCACAAAGGUCUCCUUUACGACAUGAUGAGAACUCUAAAGGAUUACAAUAUCAAGAUUUCCUAUGGGCGCUUGACCACAAAACCAAGGAGAAACUGUGAGGUGGACUUGUUCAUCAUGCAAGCAGAUGGGAAGAAAGUAGUGGAUCCCUACAAGCAGAAUGCAUUGUGCUCUCGUCUGCGGAUGGAGCUACUUCGUCCUCUAAGAGUGGCUGUGGUGAGCCGUGGUCCUGAUACAGAGCUGCUGGUUGCAAAUCCAGUGGAGCUGUCCGGAAAGGGCCGGCCUCUCGUAUUCUUUGACAUCACUCAUGCUCUGAAGAUGCUUAAUGUUUGCAUCUUUUCGGCUGAAAUUGGGAGGCAGAUGAUCGCCGACCGGGAAUGGGAAGUUUACCGAAUCCUACUUGAUGAAGGAGAUGGUUUGUUGGUCCCCAGGAACAAGAUUGAGGAAGGAGUUUGGAAAAUGUUGAUGGGUUGGGAGUGAUAAUCAUCGAAAUAUCUUCACAUGGAAAUCUACGGUCUUCUGGAACCUUUGUACAGUGUACUAAGGCUGUUUCAGUGUCUACUAGAUGUAAAUUAUGGCAAAUAUGUUAUUAAAAGGCUGAGCAGUUUCGCAUCUUAAUUUACAGCUUUGUGAGACUAACUUUGUUGUAUAAAAAAUGAGAAGAAGUUGGUAGUGAGGGGAUAAAGAGGAGGGUAAAUCUCUGAUGGCUUUGUAUACCUGAAAUAAUAGAAGAUGAGGAGCUAUAAUUGUCUCGUAGAAAUGUUCCUUUGUGUGAGUUUUCUAUUAGUGUUGGUUACUUGGGAAUAAACCGUGCUCUCCAGCAGUGCCUUUCUAAUUUUUAGUUGGCUAUUUUUAUCCUCUUUUGUA